CGCCAUUACACUUCAGGGCAGGGAGGUUAAGAAGUCGGCAUGGCGUUCGGGUCAAUAAAAUCGAUAGCUGGAACCGGCCUGAGUUUUAGGCAGCGGUGGUGCAGGAGCAGCGCCGCCAUCUUCCCCGAAGGCAUCUUCCGGUGCCUCUCACCCAAGUCCCAGCGGGAGUUCCCUGAAUAACGGGGCGGUCUGUGUCGGGCCGCCCGGCCCCUCAGGCAGCCGAUUCUGAUUCCCCCCGGGCCUUCCCGGCCGGGCUUCUAGGUCUCCGGGUACGCGGUGCCCGGGGCAAAGCUGGGGAGCAGGUCCGAUGGCGCCACCUUCGGCUCCGCUCCUCCCGCGGGCACCCGGAGAGGCUGGACCUACUCGGAAAAGGGGCAGGAGGCCAAGGGCCUUGAAGUUCGCGGACGUGGCCGUGUACUUCUCCUCGGAGGAGUGGGGGUGUCUGCGGCCCGCGCAGAGGACUCUGUACCGGGAUGUGAUGCGCGAGACCUACGGCCUCCUGGGCGCGCUCGGAUGCGCAGGUCCCAAACCAGCUCUUAUCUCCUGGUUGGAACGAAAUACCGAUGAUUGGGAACCAGCAGCCCUAGAUCCGCAGGAGUACCGGAGAUGGGUAACAUUCCAGAGAAAAACCAGAACCAGGCAGAAGACUGAAGAGAAGGAAGUAUUCCCGCCUAAGGAAGCACCCCGAAAGGGGAAACGAGGACGGAAGCCCAGCAAACCCCGGCUGAUUCCCAGGCAGACGUCCGGGAGCCCCAUCUGCCCUGACUGUGGCUGUACCUUCCCUGACCAUCCCGCCCUGGAGAGCCACAAGUGCGCCCAGAAUCUGAAGAAGCCCUACCCCUGCCCGGAUUGUGGGCGCCGCUUUUCUUACCCAUCCCUGUUGGUUAGUCACCGGCGGGCACACUCUGGUGAGUGCCCUUACGUUUGUGACCAGUGUGGCAAACGUUUUUCCCAGAGGAAAAACCUGUCUCAGCACCAGGUGAUACACACAGGCGAGAAGCCCUACCACUGUCCGGAUUGUGGCCGCUGCUUUCGCCGGAGCCGGUCCUUAGCCAAUCACCGAACCACGCAUACCGGUGAGAAGCCUCAUCAGUGCCCGAGUUGUGGGCGUCGCUUCGCCUAUCCAUCUCUGCUCGCUAUCCACCAACGGACACACACAGGAGAGAAGCCCUACACCUGCCUGGAGUGCAGCCGUCGCUUCCGCCAGCGCACUGCCCUGGUCAUCCACCAGCGCAUCCACACUGGAGAGAAGCCUUACCCGUGUCCCGACUGUGAGCGGCGUUUCUCCUCCUCCUCUCGCCUGGUUAGCCACCGGCGUGUGCACUCUGGGGAGCGGCCCUAUGCCUGUGAGCACUGUGAAGCCCGCUUUUCUCAGCGCAGCACCCUGCUCCAGCACCAGCUCUUGCACACAGGCGAGAAACCCUACCCCUGCCCAGACUGUGGACGUGCCUUCCGAAGGAGCGGCUCCUUGGCCAUCCAUCGCAGCACGCACACGGAGGAGAAGCUGCACGCCUGCGAUGACUGUGGCCGCCGCUUUGCCUAUCCCUCACUGCUGGCCAGUCAUCGGCGUGUGCACUCAGGCGAGCGGCCCUAUGCCUGUGACCUUUGCUCCAAACGCUUUGCCCAGUGGAGCCACUUGGCUCAGCACCAGCUUCUGCACACAGGGGAGAAGCCUUUUCCCUGCCUUGAGUGUGGCCGGUGCUUCCGACAGAGGUGGUCCCUGGCUGUCCACAAGUGCUGCCCCAACACCCCCAAUGGCAGCCCUAGACCUCUUAUAGGAGGGCCCAGCCAGAGGAGCAGUGCUCUUUAGCAAGACAAAGAUUACAGAAAGUCACUUUAUGGAGGGGUGCAAAACUCAGGCGUAGCUGCCAGAGGUAUUACAGAACAGGAGCAGACCCAGAACCCUGGCCCCCUGCUCCACAGCCUGAACUCCAGUGUAUUCCACCACACUGGAUGCCCUACAGCAUGUCUGAAACAGUUAUCAGAAGAGAUGAUGCCAUUUGAUUAAAAUUUUCUAAGUUAACCUGUCUUAAAAUAAUGUGGGUGUGUUCUUCUCCCAGUCUUUUUAGGGGCUACCUUCUUGGUUUGUGUAUACAGAUAACAUUCAGUCAGGAGAAUAUCAUUUAUAGAAGGCAGAACCUCCCAUGCUCUGUCUCUGUCUCCCUUAUGUGGAAAACCUGAGUUUGGCUCCAUAUCUGCAACACUCCUGCCAAGUGAUCGACCAUCGAUGAAAACUGGAGCUCACUACCUCACAUGCGGGCUAUUUCCUUGUGGGACAUUUACCACAUUCUCCUUUGUAAACCUGGUCUAGGGUACAUUUAGUGAUUUACCCACACCACGGGGUAGCUCUUCAGAGAACCUAAUCAGUUUAUUUUUGUGGCUUGGUUGUGUGCUGUGUGUGUGACAGAGACAGAAUUGUGUGAUUCUCCCACCUCAGCCUUCUGAGUUAUUGGUAGGCUGGGCUCUGGUCAAUUGUUCCUUUUUUUUAUUUUAUGGGUUUGAAUGUUUGUUUGGGCCUGGUACCCAGAGGAGGACGGUGAGAGCAUCAGAGCCCCUGACUGGAGUUACACAUGGCCGUGAGAGCAUCAGAGCCCCUGGCUGGAGUUACACAUGGCUGUGAGCCACCAUGUGGGUGCUGGAGACUGAAUGCCAGGUCCUCGGCAAGAGCAGCCAGUGGCCCUACUCACUGAGCCGUCUCUCCAGCCCCUGCUCAGUCAUUCUUGGAAGAGUGGCUCUCAGUUCCCACAAGUGAAACCUGUCUCUUCUUAGGGAUCAUACAGAGACAACAGAGUUUCACACUAUGCGCUGUAUACUCCAGUCUUCACUACUCCAGGCUGCACUGAUUUGGGGGUGAUGCCACUGUGUUUGCUGGGUUUCAGACCUCUAAGGAUUUAUUUAUUAUGUAUACAUGUAUACAUUUAUUAUAUAUACAUGCCUAUUCUGCAUGGGCAGGAAAGGGAACAAGAUCUCAUUAUAGAGGAUUAUGAGCUACCAUGUGGUUGCUGGGAAUUGAACUCAGGACCUCUGGAGGAGCAGUUAGUGCUCUUAACCUCUGAGCCAUCUCUCCAGCCCAAGUUUCAGACCUCUAAACACCCUCACCUUUCUUCUUAAAGAUGUAAUUAAACCAAAUCUUCACCACUUUUGGAAAGUUGGUUCAGGCUGGGAAUGAGGCAUCAGCACAGUAUGCUGAGAGGUUUAUUUAAGAAAAAAUGGGGGACCGGUAUCAAGCAGCAAGAGGUGGACAUGGGACUGGUAGACUUGAGUUUGCUACAGGUGACUAAUAGCUGGAAAAAUGGCACCCACUUGACUCAGUAAAACUUUACUACCUUUUUACCUUGGGCAGCUGUACCAAAGUUGUAUGUCAAACAUGACUUAUUCCAACUGAGUCAUCCUCCUGCAUUUGCUUCUUCCUGUGGUGCAUCUGCUCUCAGCUCUAGGUGGGAGCAGAUGGGGAACAUUGAUUUGUAAUUACCUCUGUUUAGGUGUUUAGCAAGCUGAUUGUCACCGUUUGUCUGUUUCUUCAUAGAUAAUGAGUGCCCUCUGGUCAGGGGCAGGCAAGACAGGAUUUCAUUAAAAUAUUU